UGCCCUUUGCCUUUCUUAAUAUAAAAUCCCCCCUACCCUUUCUUUUCCUCCCAGCUUGACGUUCCCUACUCCGAGAGAACACCAAGCUUUAAAAAAAAAAUGCAGGGGGUUUCUCCGACGCAAAAUCUUAACUCUUCUAUAAUUCGCCAGUCGAAGCCUCGGUUCAACCAGCUGACUCGGUACGCGAUCAGUUGUGUGUAUCGCUCUGACUCGGUCCAAUUCCCCAAUGGAGUCGGUUCCAGCCGUGCGGAUUGGCAAAGCUCAUGUGCUAUUCUCUCUAGCAAAGUGUUUUCACAGGACCAAGAUUCCGGCGAUAAAUCCACCUCUCCCUCCGCCUCUGAUCACCUCGCCGCCACCGUCAACGGCUAUAAAACCUCCUUUGAUCUGGACUUAGUCCCUAUCGACAAGAACAACAAGCCUCAACCACCUUCCCAACCGCCUCCACGGAAGCCGUUAACAAUCACCGACCUGUCCCCCGCUCCGAUGCACGGGUCUCAGCUGCGUGUGGCCUAUCAAGGAGUCCCUGGGGCUUACUCCGAAGCUGCGGCGGGAAAAGCUUAUCCUAACUGUGAAGCCAUCCCUUGUGACCAGUUCGAAGUCGCGUUUCAAGCAGUUGAGCUAUGGAUCGCCGAUCGAGCCGUCUUACCAGUGGAAAACUCACUCGGCGGCUCGAUUCAUCGGAAUUACGAUCUCCUCCUGCGGCACCGCCUCCACAUCGUUGGUGAAGUCCAACUACCAGUCCACCACUGCCUCUUAGCUCUCCCAGGAGUCAGGAAAGAGUAUCUGACACGUGUCAUUUCUCAUCCACAAGCUCUCGCCCAGUGUGAACACACUAUCACCAAACUAGGCCUCAACGUCACGCGCGAAGCCGUCGAUGACACAGCCGGAGCUGCCGAGUACAUUGCAACCAACAACCUCCGUGACACAGCCGCCAUAGCAAGCGCACGUGCUGCCGAACUCUACGGACUCCAAAUCCUAGCCGAUGGAAUCCAAGACGAUUCGAGUAACGUCACGCGCUUCGUUAUGUUAGCUCGGGAGCCAAUUAUCCCGCGCACGGACCGUCCGUUCAAAACGAGCAUCGUUUUCGCGCACGAUAAAGGAACGAGCGUGCUCUUUAAAGUACUUUCGGCGUUUGCGUUUAGAAAUAUCAGUUUGACGAAAAUCGAGUCGCGGCCGCACCGCAAUAUGCCUAUCCGGUUGGUCGACGACGCCAAUGUGGGAACCGCCAAGCAUUUUGAGUAUUUGUUUUACGUGGAUUUCGAAGCGUCGAUGGCUGAGGUCAGGGCCCAAAACGCGUUGGCUGAAGUUCAGGAGUUCACCUCUUUCUUGAGGGUAUUGGGCAGUUACCCAAUGGAUAUGACGCCUUGGUGCCCAUCUAGGGAAGAUUAGCAAAACCCAUGUUGCAAAAAAAAAAAAAGGGAAAUUAAUUUUAAUUUGCUUUCUUUAUUUUUUUUCUUUUGUUCUCUUGAGAAUUUUUAAUUCAUCAAUGGAUUCAACAACAAGCAAAAAGAAAUUGUUGAUGUUAUCUUCGCAGCUGUUGUUGGGUAAAUAUUUUUAUAAUAUAAUUGAUUUUAUUUUGUUU